AUGCGAUCGGGUUUGAUGCCGCCGAAGGGGGCCCAUCUUGGAGACACCUGCCGCGUGGGCGGGGACCAGCAGGGACAUCGUCGGGGCCGCAAGACCCAGUCUGGGGAGCUGCGCAGCGUCGGCGCCCAACUGCGGCACCGUGCGGCGGCGGCGAGGCCCCACGGCGGCGGAGAACCUAUGGUUCUCUUUCCCUGUGACCUUUCAAAGAGCCCGCGGGCGGCGCAGUCCUCACAGAGGAUCUCAGUCAGCCAGAGAAAGGCAAACCAGAUGUCCCCAGAGCCCGCCGAGGGCCCCGCCAUCGCACUCCCAGGGAAGGGUCACACAGGCAAGGCCACCCCUUCGUCCCGAGCCAGGAUCCCAGGUGCCAGCGCCCAGCAGGAAAAGGGCCAGGCUGCUAAUGCCCUGAACUGGAUUAGAGAUGGACAACCAAAUGGUUACGUAUUGAAGAAUAAAGAUUUAGAACAAGCUUUUAAAGGAGUUAUUUACUUAGAGAUGGACCUCAUAUAUAAUCCGGUCAAAGCAAGUAUUAGGACCUUUACUCCCAGAGAAAAGCGCUUUGUUGAAGACAGCCGCAAGCUGUCCAAAAAGAUCUUAUCAAGAGAUGUAGACCGAGUGAAAAGAAUCACUAUGGCAAUAUGGAAUACAAUACAGUUCCUUAAAAGCUGCUUCCAGUGGGAAUCCACAUUAAGAAGUGCAAUAGCAUUUGUGGCAUUUUUGGUCACCGUCUGGAAUUUUGAACUAUAUAUGAUCCCCUUGGCAUUGUUGCUGAUCUUUGUCUACAAUUUCAUCAGACCCACAAAAGGCAAGGUCAGCAUCGCCCAGGACAACCAGGAGGGCACAGACAUAGAUGACGAUGAGGAUGAAGAUGACAAGGAAUCUGAGAAAAAGGGGUUAAUUGAGAGAAUCUAUAUGGUGCAGGAUAUUGUUUCAACUGUUCAAAACAUCUUGGAGGAAAUAGCUGCUUUUGGAGAAAGAAUUAAAAACACAUUCAACUGGACCGUCCCCUUCCUUUCCUGGCUGGCCUGUUUGAUUCUGGCAGCCGCCACUGUCACUCUGUAUUUCGUUCCGCUGCGGUACAUCAUUUUAAUCUGGGGAAUAAAUAAAUUUACUAAGAAGCUCCGAAAUCCCUAUUCCAUCGACAAUAAUGAGCUCCUAGACUUCCUCUCCAGGGUACCAUCUGAUGUUCAAAAGGUGCAGUACGCGGAAUUGAAACUCUGCAGCAGCCACAGCCCCCUGCGGAAGAAGCGCAGCGCUCCCUAAGGCACGCGCCGACUUCGGACACCAUCACUCGAUACUGUGUUUGGUUGAUCAGACCAACGUUAUGGCUGUUUCGGUGGUGCCCGCAGCCGCCUUCUGAAAUGCGCGCGGCGUGGCGCCCUCUCUUUCUUCUCCCCUCUUCUUCACGCGCACAAAUGCACACGUGCAGGUGUGCACAUCCCCGUGCACGUGUGCACAUCCCCGUGCACGGUGUGUCCGACUUGCACAGAGGGUCCCAGCCCAGCAAAAGGAAACAAUCCCGAGACUGUGAAAGACCAACUAACUAACAUCCAUUCUGAAAUGGGAGGUAAAGCGAGGCUGCCACGGGUCUGAACGCCCUCCGUGAGAACAGCCAGGAGGCCACUUGGAUUCGAGAGCGACUUUGAACUUGUUUUCACACCUCCAACAGAUUCUCAUUAAGAUUCAGUUAUUUCCACUCCCCACCCCCACACUCCUUUCAACUCAGAAGAAACUUACAUGAAUAAUCAGCUAACAAGUCUUUGAUAGCCAUCAUCUGUCUAAAUAAUGUAUAUUAUAUAAAGAUUUUUUAAAAAUAAUUACCGGAAUUAUCUCAGAUCUUUAGGAGUGUUUCAGCUGUGAUUAUUAAGGAUGUGUCUGUACUCAGUGCUGGAUGCCAGCUUGUGUCCUUUUCCAUUGCUGGCAAUGGAUGCCCCAGGCAGGUCCCCAGGGACAAGUGUUUCAUGAAAGUAUUUGGUUGCCUUAAAAUACCCUUUCUUCUGAUUUUACUUUUUGCUUAUUUCCAAAAUAUAAUGGCAACAUGUAGUUUCAGAAAGAUGAAGAAGAGGAUGAAUGAAUGCAUUCUGUAAGUAUUUAGAAAUCCAAAGAGCUAAAGACCAAGGGACUAAUAUAGGAGGCUGCUUACCCAAUUAUCAUGUUCAUUUCAUUUGCCUGUUUUCAGCAGAAAGUAAAAGUUCUUCAGCUGUCCAAAUUUAUCUUUUGUUCCUGUUAGGAGCAAAAUAAGCUACAAACAAAAUUAACUUCAGAACCCCAUUCCUAGAAAAAGUUCCACGCCAAAGUCCUUUGAUAGCACCUGUCUUCCACUAUUCCACAGUAUUCCCCUGCCAAGUAAAAAUUUUGAUUUUGUGCAAAUACAAAAUAUGUACAAAUAUCUCUGUUCCAAUGAUAUUUACGUUUUAAAGACUAUAUUUUGUUGACAUAUACUUUGUGCAUUUAUAUAUAUGUAUGUAUGUGUGUGUAUUUUAAAGGAAAGUUAAGGUAAAAAGAUCUGAUUUAAUGGUGAGUUUACUAGUUUUGUCUCUGGGUUGUAAUUUAAUAAUCUUCAAACAAAAUGUUUAUGAAAAAUGCCAAAGAUUCUAAACCUUAUCAUCCCGUGUCUGUUUUUCUUCAUGUUGUAUCUCACUGGGUUGCUUUCUGGCUGAGCCAGAUUUCUGCAUGAUUUGAUUUACUUCAAGUUAAUGAAGCUGACUGGAAAAGAGCCUUGCAGAAAUUAUAAAAGCUCCAGUAAAUCUCUUAGUUGUACAUACAAUAGAUACCCAAGAACCUCUUUUGUUAAACCAGUUACUCAAUCUUCUGUGUAAACAAUGCCUCAUUGUCUUGCUCCUAACUAUCAUCUAGUUUAUCAUAGUCUGUCAUUUUGUAACGACCUAAGUCAGACAUUUUUAAACAGACAUGUGAGAUCUGAUCAGUCAUUUGAAUGGAAACUUUCAGCAGCAAAAUAACCCCGUAUUUAUUUAAAAGUGGAACCAAUACUUUAUUGUUGUUCUUUUGCUAUAGAAUUUCAAAAUGAAAUAAUUUGCCUGACAAGGAGGCAUCAUUACACAGACUUAUUUCCUCUGUAGCCCGACUGAAAUUCUCAGCAUUAAGUUUAGGACCCAAAUACCAGUGAAAGAACAGGACCGAAUCAACCUUUAAUAAACUGCAUAUGGAAAACAAUUGUUAAUUGAUUAAGUAGACAUUGGAUGUUAAAAAUGAAUGUUUAUCGUGACAUGUUAAGAUUUAUGCAAGUAGUCAGUAACUUUUAGGAAAUGUUCCAGAAUGCUUUGGAUAAAAUUUAUGGAUUAUGGACUCACAGUAUGAUAAUUAAAGAUAAUUAAGUAGGAAUGUUAAAAUCUUGCCAAGUUUUCCUGGCUCUCUUCUGAAACCUCAUGUGCCCAAUGCUAGCCCAGCCUGGAUAUCUUAUAGGCGCAUCCACACCUCAGCAGAUCAGAAACCUCUCCCUGUCUUCAGAACCCUGACUGCCAUUAAUCUCCUUCUAGCUUUAUUUCCCUUAUUGACAUUGUCAUCUAUUGGCCUGGGAAACUCUAAGGCAUCC